GCCCCCCCCCGACGCCGCCGCCCCCCCAACUCCAUCUUCACGCUCUCGCCUCUCCCUCCUCCGCGGCCGCCGCCUCCCCAUCAGGGCUGGGCCUCCUGGAUCGCUGCUGUCGCCGCUAUCCCCGGUCCUCCCGAUUAUUCCCCAGUUCCCCAACCCUUCUUCGAGGGAGCGGCCGCCUCCGGAGUUAACGAGCGGUUAGGCUCAGGCCGCGGGCCUCGCAUGGUGCCGGGGCCUCUGGGCUGACGGACGCCCGAAUCCGGGCCCCCCAGAGCCGCCUCUAGCCAAAACCGCGCCCGCCGGACCCAGAAGAAUGGUCACUCAGAUAAUUAGCACCAUGGAGACUCAGGUGUCCGGCGGCCCCCCCCCUACGGCCCUGCCCAAUGGGCCGCUUGUCAGCACCAACGGAGCCACCGAUGAUAGCAAGACCAACCUCAUUGUCAACUACCUGCCCCAGAACAUGACACAGGAGGAGUUCAAAAGUCUCUUCGGCAGCAUUGGGGAGAUUGAGUCCUGCAAGCUGGUUCGGGACAAGAUCACAGGGCAAAGCUUGGGCUAUGGCUUCGUGAAUUAUGUGGACCCCAAUGAUGCGGACAAAGCCAUCAACACCCUCAAUGGCCUCAAGCUGCAGACCAAGACCAUCAAGGUGUCCUACGCCCGGCCCAGCUCAGCCUCCAUCAGAGAUGCCAACCUGUAUGUGAGUGGCCUCCCCAAGACCAUGAGCCAGAAGGAAAUGGAGCAACUCUUCUCCCAGUACGGGCGCAUCAUCACCUCCCGAAUCCUCGUAGAUCAGGUCACAGGUGUUUCUAGGGGCGUGGGCUUCAUUCGGUUUGACAAGAGGAUUGAGGCAGAAGAGGCCAUCAAGGGCCUGAAUGGGCAGAAGCCACUAGGCGCCAGUGAGCCCAUCACUGUCAAGUUCGCCAACAACCCCAGCCAGAAGACAGGCCAGGCCCUGCUCACACACCUUUACCAGUCCUCAGCACGGCGGUAUGCAGGACCCCUGCACCACCAGACACAGAGGUUCAGGCUGGACAAUUUGCUAAACAUGGCCUAUGGCGUAAAGAGUCCCCUGUCGCUCAUCGCCAGGUUUUCGCCCAUCACCAUCGACGGCAUGAGCAGCCUGGCGGGUGUGAGCCUGUCGGGGGGCGCAUCGGGCGCUGGCUGGUGCAUCUUCGUCUACAACCUGUCCCCGGAGGCAGACGAGAGCGUCCUGUGGCAGCUGUUCGGGCCCUUUGGGGCCGUGACCAACGUCAAGGUCAUCCGCGACUUCACCACCAAUAAGUGCAAAGGCUUUGGCUUCGUGACCAUGACCAACUACGACGAGGCCGCCAUGGCCAUCGCCAGCCUCAACGGCUACCGCCUGGGUGACCGCAUCCUGCAGGUCUCGUUCAAGACCAGCAAGCAGCACAAGGCGUGAGCGCCGGUGGGUGGGCCGGUGGGCCAGGCGGGCUGGGCUGGACGGGGCGGGCCAGGGCAGCAGAUAGGUCAGGGUGCAAAGUGGGUGGGCAGGGCCGAGAAUCUGAGCUGGGCCAGGCUCGGGGAGGUGGGGGGGUGGGGAGUACUGACCAGACUCACGGAUGGACUGGUGGACGUCUGAACAGACCCCCACCCUCACCCCCCACGGAGAAGGAAGCAGCCACCCAAACUUAGGUCACCCUCCUGACUCCCCAACCCCGACCCCUAACCCACCCCGGCAGCAGCCCUUGGCCCCCCAGUGUUAGCCCUGGCCCCACCAGUGUUCCUACCGGAACAUCCCUCCCCUUUUCCCCGCUCCCCAACCUGGCCUCCCUGCUCCCCUGCUCCCCCUUCCCCCUCUCCCUUGCAGCGUGACAGAUGUCGACUGACAGACAGGAGGACACGCUGCAGCCACUGCUGCUAGGGGCGGGGCGGGGGCUGGGGGGCGCCAGAACCUCCCUCUCUGGACUAGAAACCGGAGGGCGGAAUGAAUGGCCCCCUCCUCUCUCUGCCCCAGACCCUCCCGGGGACUAGGGAGCGGAAUUGGGCUGGAGCGGGGGAAGGCGCUGGCCUUAGAGAGGGGCUGGGGGUGGGGCCCUCCUGAGCCCCACUCCCUUCUUUCUUGCCCCCCCCCAGAUACUGGCUCAUUCGCUCACUCUCUCUCGAUCUUCCUGAGCACUGAGCUCUUGGUUUCAGUCAUUCUGAAAGUUUUUUCUUUUAUUUUGGCAAAACAAAAACCGAAGACGCAAAAACCUGGUGGUUUAGCCGGGGCUGGGGAGUCAGAGGAAGUGGGGGUUCAGGGCCCCCCAUCAUUCUAGGCAGAUUCUGCCUGGGACCCCUGCCCUUCCAGGCCCCAGGACCAGGAGGGGUGAGGGAGGCAAAGGAACAGGUUUAAAAAUCCCCAAAAAAAAGAGACCUUGAGAAGGGGGCCUGGCCCCAGGAGAUGGUGGGAGGCGGGCGGGGGGGAGAAGCUGAAAACAGAAACACAAUGGAAAAAAAGGGGAAAAAAAAAGAAAACUCUAUUUUUGUAAAAAGGGAAAAAGACCUUGUGGAGAAUUUUUACUGGGGAUUCUUGAACUUGACAAAAAAAAAAGACAAAAAGACAAAAAAAAAUGAGAGGCUUUUUGGCAGGUGAGGCUGAUGGGGCUGAGGUUGGGGCCUGGAGAGGGAGGAGAGGAGGGACUCUUGAAGGGCACCCUGGGAAUGUCAUACCUGAGAUACACACACACACACACACACACACACACACACACAUGCACGCACGCACACACACAGGAUCACACAGUUAUAUACAUAUAUAUACACACACAUACACACUCAAGGGGCCAUCAGUCACACAGGAUCCCACCCACACAUGAUAUCAGAGACACUUUCCACCUCUACCAUACAGACAGUUGCAGACAUACAUGAACACGCAGGACAACACAUGACAACACAGACACUCCCUCUCUGCUUAACUCCCUUUCUAGAAACUGCCUCAAGCUUCCCUUCAAGGGAGCCCCAGAAUGGAAGGACUUAACAUACUAGCUCAGAACUAACCUUGGGGCCGGACCAGGGACCAGAGGGACACUCAGCCUCCCUGGGCAUGGCCCCAAGGGGCCAAAGGUCCAUGCUCCCCAGCCCCAGCCAUCUCCUCCUCCCCUUGUGUCAGCUUAUGGGGUCCCCCUGGCCUUAGGUCACAGUGCAGGAGCUGGGCAGCCUCUCAGCACAUCCUGAUUUGGGGCCCAGACCAGGCCAUGGUGACUUCAGGCCAGGGCCUGGUUCUUGGGCUCAUUCUGGGGGACCUGAGAGAAUGGGGGGGGUGUGGAGGCAGGGGCUCUUUCUUUUUCCUCUGUCACUACACCAUCUCUCCCUAGAACUAGUGGGGCUGGGGCCAGUGCCAAGAAGGGUACAGAGCCCAGAUCUCAGCCCUAGUCAGGGUCAGGGCUGUGGGAGCAAUGACCAUAUUGUUUGGGAAGAAAGUUGUACCUCCCCUUAACUAGUGGGAGUCAGGAUGGGAGGGAGCUCAUCCUCCAAACCCUGUGGUCCCAAAGGCAUAGGGUCAGUGCCGGCCACUCCCCUCAGCUACACAGUCCUGGUCUCCUAGACACCAAUCUUCCAUCUUUAUUCACCCUAUCGUGGGGCCGGGCCACAGGAGCCCUGCCUCUCCUUGGGAGGCAGGUGGUGAGACUGUUCCCUAGACCUUGGGCAGCCAACAUCCCUCCCUAUCCCGCAGUGGACAAGCCCUGGCCCUGGUGCUGUGGCGGCCUGAGCUGGCCCCACCCUCCCAUCCAAACCCAUCUUCUGGGAACAAUACAAAGAGGGAAGUAGACACACCUGACCUCCUCUACCCACCCUGACACACUCACCUAGGUCCCUCCCAAACCUCUCCUUGGUUCAGGGAAACUGCGGCAGCCCCCCAGGCCCAGGCCCUGACCCUUGCCCAUCCCACCCCUCAGAGAUCCCCAUCCCCCAUCCCCUCCAUCCUUCCUCCUCCCCCCACUCCACCUCCCAUCCCGUCUGGAAUGUGCAUUUAUAGUUUCUGUUUUUUCGUUUCAACAAAAGCGAAGACCGUGGCCUGGCCCUGGCCCCCUUGGUCUGCGGGCUCCGUUCUCCCCAGCUGGGGCAGCCCAGCUCAGCCUCAGUUCAGUGAGACACCAUUCACCCAAGUCAAGCUUCUUCCUUGUUUCCCGUUAGGCGUUAGUUUGGGGCCUGGACCCCCUCCCUGCGCUCCCACCGUCCUGUGCUCCCCCAGUGUUUGUAGGUGUCUGUGGAGCUUCUGCUGCGAGAAAAAAAAAAUAAAAAAAACAAAAAACAAAAAAACACACAAAAAACACACAAAAAAAACAAAAAAGCGAACAACAACAAACAAAAAAAAACCUAUAAAAAUGAGAGAGAGAAACUGGCACCAAUAACUCUUACUACACCUUUUUGCAGAAUUUAGCUUCUUGUAGUUUUAACUUAUUGUUAACUUAACUAUUUAUUAUUAUUCCGGCCGCGUGAGGACAUUUGUGUAUAUUUCUGUUCCUUCAUCCUAUCCACAAGUUAAAGGACAGAUUUUUUUUAAUUUGCUGAGAAGUGGUUUAUGCCUAAUUUAUUUAUCCAAGGGAACAAAAGUGUAGUUGGAUCAGAAUUUCUUUGGAGUAACUGGAGAGAGCGGCUGGCGGGGGCCCAGCGCCCAGGCCGGCCCGGGCGGGCAGCGGGGGGGUGGCAGGAUCCGGACGGUUCUUCCGUGGGGUUUUUCGAUGUGCUCUAUGAUUUUGCUCUUGUCUUGUUGGGUACUAUUUUCAGUCCUCAUUCUAUUAGCUGGUGAAGACUUAAGCUUGUUGUUUAUCUACACGGAUCUAUUUAUUCUUGUGAAUUUUCUAACCCCACCCUCCUUCUCCCCAGACCCAGAGCAGGGUGGACCCUGAGGGAAGGAGGGAUAGGAGAGGCCCCCCCUACCCCCCCAGGCCCAGCCCCAGGCGUCCCCCCCACCUUGGCCCUUUGCUCUCCCCUCCUCUCUCCCCCUGUUUCUUGGGGCUUUUCCCCCUCUGCCCUUGACACGUGUGAGCACGUAUGUGCACACGUGUGUGCAACGUGUCCUGAGGCUUCUCGGAGCAAUAAGGGCGGGCUGGGGGCUUGGGGGGGGGCAGCGGGGGCCCUGAGGGCCGGGCUCUGCUGAGCAGGAGAGAGAGGUGCCCCCUCCCCGCUCCCCCCUCCCCCAAACUCCCACUCCCCAGGCAGAGCCCCCUCCCCCCAGCCUGGCUCUCCCCCCCCCCCCCACAGCUUGGGAUAUUUUUUUCUAAAACUAAACUAAACUCAGCCAGGCUCCCAUGGCCAGGCCCCUUCCUUCCCCCAGAGUGGCUGGGGCUCCCCAGAGGGGAAGGGAGGGGGCCCCUGGUCUUCCACAUCCCUGGAGGGGGGCUGGCAGGCAGGAGAGGGCUCUGCCCACUCCUCCUCACUUCAUCCUGUUAUUUAUUCGGAUGGUUUCAAAUCAUGACAGAGUAAAUGUUGGAGGAUCAAAAAAAAACUGUAAAAAGAAAAAAAAAACACUUUGCGUUGAGUUUAGACUAUUUAUUAUGGGAUUACAGGCCUGACGCUGUAACAGACUUUUACAUGGAAUCGUUGGAUUAUUUGUACUUUUCAUGCCAGAAAAUAAAAGUUCAGAAUCUUAUGGGUUUUGG